GGCGAGUCGCGCCCCACGGUACUUUUCGCUUUUGCAGGAAACUUACAAAAGCCCUCCCACCCUCACAAACCCCCCAGCGUUAAUCGCCCCAGAGGUCGCCCCGCCCGCGAGACAGUAUCUAAUUUUUCGUUGCCAGUCCCGGCCGUACGUUACGAAAAAUCGCCCAAGAUGUCCCGCUUUUUCACCGCCAGCGACAGCUCCAGCGAGGAGUCCUCGGAGGAGGAGCUUUACAGCGAGGAGGAGGAAUCCCAGGAGGAGGAAUCCGAAGAGGAGUCUGAGGAGGACUCGGAUGACGACGACUCUGACUCGUCUGGCUCUGAGACCGGUGCAAAUCGUUUCUUGAGGGAUGCCAGCGAGAGCGAGGAGAGUGAUGACGAGGACCGGGUGAAGAGCUUGAAGAGCGCAAAGGACAAGCGAUUCGAAGAGUUGAACAACACAAUCGGCGCUAUGAACAACGUGUUGAAGAUUAACGACUGGGCCGCCGUUUCAACUGAGUACGACAAGUUGCAGCGUCUUAUCCCCAACUUGAUCAAGCAGAACGAUGGAAAGGUGCCAAAGCCGUACAUCAAGGCUGUCGCUGAUCUUGAGGGUACCGUUACCGAGACCAUCGAGAAGCAGAAGGUCACCCCGAAGAAGAUGAACGCCAUCAACACCCGAGGUCUGAAUGCCGUUCGCCAGAAGAUCCGGAAGAACAACAAGGACUAUGCCAAGGACAUCGAUGCGUACAAGGCCGAUGAGGACGCAUUCAUGGUCGAGGAAGUUGAGGACAAGCCCGCGGUUAAGAAGCCCAAGAAGUCCGACACUAGCAUCCCAAUCAACGCUGUCCAGGCGGAUGAUGAGGGUGAUUUCAUUGAGGUCCGUUCCGGAAGGGCUGUUCAGUAUACUCCUGAGAGCAUUCUCAAGCAUCUUCGAUCAAUCGUCGAACAGAGAGGACGUAAAAACGCCGACAGAACGGAGCACAUCCGAACACUUGAGAAACUCUUCGAGGUUGCCAUAAACGACUACCAAAAGGUCCGAGUUCUCCUUACGGUCAUCUCGACACGAUUCGACUUGACUUCUGGUACCGGAUCCCAGAUGGCUCAGGAACAGUGGAAGCUUGCGGCCUCGGAAUUCGAGAAGCUCCUUCAGCUGCUAGAGAACUCCAAGGAGAUUGUCGUUGUUGACAAUGCCGAGGAGUGGGAGGAUGACGAGAAGCUCCCCACCAUCACACCCGGCGAGACCUUCCGCGUCCCUGGCAGCAUCGUAUCAUACGUCGAAAGACUUGACGACGAACUUACUCGAUCCCUACAACACAUUGAUCCUCACACUGCCGAGUACGUCGAGCGGUUGACAGACGAGGGCUACCUUUACACCAUUUUGGUGCGCACAUUGGCGUACGCAGAGACUCUCAAGAAGAAUGAGAAGCUUGAGUACUCGCAAGAUUCCCUCAACCGGAUCGUGAUGCGACGAUUGGAGCACGUCUACUUCAAGCCAUCCCAAGUUGUGGAGAUCCUUGAAGCCAACACAUGGAAGGCCCUCCCAGCUAGCCUCAACUCCGAUAUCACCCCACGCUCCGAAUCCACCGAGCCCACUUCCUUUGUCCAGACUCUCUGCACAUAUCUCUUCGGUCACAGCGAGGGCAUCAUCCGUGCACGAGCAAUGCUGUGCCAGAUCUACUUCCUCGCACUCCACGACCAGUACUACAAGGCUCGUGACAUGAUGCUCAUGUCUCACUUGCAAGAGACCAUCAGCAACUUCGACGUUAACACUCAGAUCCUCUUCAACCGUGCUCUCGUCCAGGUUGGUCUCUGCGCUUUCCGCUCUGGUCUCGUCUACGAGGCCCAGACCUCGCUCCAGGAGAUCUGUGGUAGCAACAGGCAGAAGGAACUCCUCGCCCAAGGUCUUCAGAUGCAGCGAUACUCCCAGAUUUCGCCCGAGCAGGAACGCCUCGAGCGCCAGCGCCAGCUUCCCUUCCACAUGCACAUCAACCUCGAGCUUCUUGAGUGUGUCUACCUCACCUGCUCCAUGCUUCUCGAGAUCCCUCUCCUCGCCCAGAUCGGCUCUUCUCCCGACAUCCGGAAACGCGUCAUCAGCAAGACCUACCGCCGUCUCUUAGAGUACCAUGAGCGCCAGAUCUUCACCGGACCCCCAGAGAACACUCGCGACCACGUGAUGCAAGCCUCCAAGGCCCUCUCUGCGGGUGAGUGGAGGAAGUCGGCCGACUUCAUUAACUCCAUCAAGAUCUGGGACCUGAUGGUCGACUCUGCCAAGAUCAAGGAGAUGCUCUCCUCCCAGAUCCAAGAAGAAGGUCUGCGAACCUACCUCUUCACCUACGCACCCUUCUAUGACACCCUCGCCCUCGAGACGCUCGCCGACAUGUUCGAGCUCCCCGUCCGCAAGGUGCAAGCCAUCGUCAGCAAGAUGAUCUCGCACGAAGAGCUCGCCGCCGCCCUCGACCAAGUCAGGUCGGCCAUCAUCUUCCGCAAGGGCGUCGAGCUGUCUCGCCUGCAGAGUCUGGCACUCAGCCUCAGCGACAAGGCAUCCGGCCUCAUCGAGUCCAACGAGAAGACCCUCGAGCAGCGCACAGCAGGCACAAGCAACGCCUUCGAGCGACAAGGCCACCAAGGCGGCCGUGGCGGACGCGGAGGCAGGGGUCGUGGAGGCGGCGCCAGGGGCGGCGGCGGUCGUGGCGGAAGGAACCAGCAGUUCACCGGCGGUGCUCUCGGACGUGCUAUCCAGGCUUAAGAGAUCGGCUAGCAUCUCUGACAGGAGUCUGUGUGUGGUUUUUCCCCCCCUUACAAUUUUUCUUUCUGGCAUUUUGGGGUUUUUUUCUCGAAUCGAAAUAGAGAAGAGAUGAAAGACGAUGAUGAUGAAACAAACUCCUCGUGUGUGUACAUGCGUGUCUUAAUCCCCAUCACAGCGUCCCCGACAACGGGGCAGUUGUUUUCGUUCACGCUCACCUGGUCAUCUUUGUUUUGUUUUUUCCUUUGUGUCUAUUCCCAAGAUGAGAAUCAUGUUAAGCAGGUACCUACCUAGCUUCGAAUACGAAGCAGGCUGGACGGUAGUUGAGAAGGAAACGCAGGAGAGAAAGGGAGACUGUGUAUGUAUGGGAAAUGACAACCGGGCAAAAGGAAAGUAAAUGAAAGGGGGUGGCAUCCAUGAAAAUGGGAAACAAGUGAUGGAUUGGAAUUGGAAUCGAGAGGAAUAUGAAAUAAAAGAUCUUUUUUUUACGUUACAU